AUGUCGUUAGCACACGUGGAACCCAUGAGUGAAGUUGUUACUUCUAAAGAGCCAGGACCUAUUGGCCUUGUCCCGAGCUCGGAGGCGAGUCACACAUACGAUUUGGACGCUUGGAUAUCGCAGUUGCUUUCGGAGAACUCGCGGCCCCUGAGUGAGGAACAAGUCAAGUGGUUGUGCGACCGAGCGCGAGAGAUUUUUGUCGAAGAAUCGAAUGUUCAGCUGGUAACCUGCCCAGUCACUGUUUGUGGGGAUAUUCAUGGACAGUUUCACGACCUGCUGGAGCUGUUCAAAAUCGGGGGCAAGUGCCCCGACACCAACUACUUGUUCAUGGGCGACUACGUUGACCGCGGCUAUUACUCAGUCGAGACCGUAACAGCGCUCAUAUGUCUCAAAUUGCGGUACCCGCAGAGGGUGACUAUACUGCGCGGAAACCAUGAGUCGCGACAGAUCACGCAGGUUUACGGCUUCUACGACGAGUGUCUGCGAAAGUACGGGAACGCAAACGUCUGGAAAUACUUCACGGACUUGUUCGAUUACAUGCCGCUCACCGCUAUUAUUGAAAAUCAAAUAUUCUGCUUGCAUGGUGGUCUAUCGCCGUCGAUUGACACACUCGAUCAGAUUCGGAGUCUCGAUCGUAUGCAGGAGGUUCCGCACGAGGGCCCCAUGUGUGACCUGUUGUGGUCGGAUCCCGACGAUCGCUGUGGUUGGGGCAUCAGCCCCCGCGGCGCCGGUUAUACCUUUGGCCAAGAUAUUUCCGAGCAAUUUAACAGAACGAAUGGGUUGAGCCUCAUUGCGCGGGCGCACCAGCUGGUCAUGGAAGGCUACAACUGGUGCCACGAUCGCAAUGUCGUCACGAUAUUUAGUGCACCCAACUACUGCUAUCGGUGCGGAAAUCAGGCCGCCAUCAUGGAGCUUGACGAAAAUGAGAAGUAUACGUUCUUGCAAUUCGAUCCAGCACCGCGACGUGGCGAGCCGCACGUAACCCGGCGUACUCCCGACUACUUUCUGUGA